GUCCAGAAGAUCCUGCCUACGGGAUCCGAGCCGUCAGCGGAGCCCCGCUUAUUCCUCGCUUUAAAUCCAGCUGGCGAGCGCGGGUGCUGAAAGCCGGGAGAGCUUGGCAAUGCAGCGUGACAGCAACUACCAAAAGUUCUUGCUUUUUGUAAUUCCCUUGUUUCGGACUUGGUUCUGCUCGGCAGACCUGAAGCUGGGAAUUUAACGAGCCUCGAUUUUGAAAAUGCCUCCCACUUGCUGGUCUUUGAAUUUGAUAAAUGGACUUCCAGAGCUGAGGAAUACCUAACAGUGAGAGAAGCCAAUGAAGAAAAGGCAAGUUUUGGGAUUCAAACUAUUCUAAAAGAUGUUCUUCUUUCACCUUAUGGAAACAGUACUGUUGACCAAGCUGCAGUUGCUUUUUGCUUUGUUUAUUGUCAAGAUGUGUCACGCAGCGAUAUGACUUUUAAACUCUUCUGACUGUUUAAAGCCAGAAAGCAGCAGCACAAUUAAAGCAAGAAAUUUGUUUGAAGAUUUUCAAAGAAGAAAGCUGUCUUCUGAGGAGAGGAAAGUAGGACAAUGGCAUCUGGAGAGUGCCUUCUGCUAGACUUAGAAACAGAUAACUUUAUUCUCUACAACAUCUCUGUGAACCAGAGUGCAAACCUUUCCCUCCUCGAUGAUGAGUGGUUCUACCCAGCGUUCCUCUACGCCAUCCCCACCAUCUACGGGAUCAUCAUUUUGAUAGGCCUGAUAGGCAAUAUCACUUUGAUUAAAAUUUUCUGUACUGUGAAAUCCAUGAGAAACGUCCCUAAUUUGUUCAUCUCCAGUUUGGCCCUGGGAGACCUGCUGCUUUUAGUGACUUGUGUGCCCGUGGAUGCCAGCAGGUACCUUGCUGACGAGUGGCUGUUCGGCCGAACUGGAUGCAAACUUAUCCCCUUCAUACAGCUCACUUCUGUGGGGGUGUCAGUCUUCACUCUCACUGCUCUCUCAGCUGACAGGUAUAAAGCUAUAGUAAGGCCGAUGGAGAUCCAAGCAUCCCAUGCACUGAUGAAGAUUUGUGUGAGAGCUGCUAUAAUCUGGAUUGUAUCCAUGUUGCUUGCCAUCCCUGAAGCAGUGUUUUCAGAUCUGCACCCUUUCCAUGACAAAGGGACUAAUAAAACCUUUGUCAGCUGUGCUCCUUACCCGCAUUCUGAUGGGCUGCACCCCAAAAUUCACUCGAUGGCAUCAUUUCUGAUCUUUUAUAUCAUUCCCCUAUCUGUCAUUUCAGUAUAUUAUUACUUCAUUGCUAAGAAUUUGAUCCGGAGCGCUUACAACAUCCCUGUGGAAGGAAACGUGCAUGUGAGGAAACAGAUUGAAUCCCGCAAGCGCCUGGCCAGGACAGUACUGGUCUUUGUGUGCCUCUUUGCCUUCUGCUGGCUUCCCACUCAUAUCAUCUAUUUAUACCGUUCCUACCACUACUCAGAGGUGGACACUUCAGUGCUGCAUUUCAUUGCCAGCAUCUGUGCUCGGAUCCUGGCAUUCACUAACUCUUGUGUCAAUCCGUUUGCUCUCUACCUGCUCAGCAAGAGCUUUCGGAAACAGUUCAACAACCAGCUGUUCUGCUGCAGAGCUCGCCUCCUCAUCCGGUCCCAGAGCAUGGCCAGGAGCACCACACGAAUGACCUCCCUCAAGAGCACCAACCAUUCUCUGGCCACCUUUAGCCUUAUCAAUGGCAACCAUGUCUGCCAUGAAGGCUAUGUCUAAAGGGCACAGUCAGGGACCUCCACAUCAUGUAGCUAGCGUGGCUGCUUGGUUUUGCUCUGUGGGGAUGGUGGGUAGCACACAUGCAUGCACAUGUGUGUGCGAGGAAGUCUGAUGUGCUCAGAAAACUCAGAGGAGCUUGAAGCAUCCAACAUUUCAUCCUGGGUUGAGGUUGAAGCAUCCAACAUUUCAUCCUGGACUGAGGUGUCACCAGAGCUACAGAUCAUUGAGCACCAGCGCACAGGAGCUCCCUGGGAAGCGCUGCAUUGCUUCAAGACCUGCUGCUUUUAAUGAGAGCAAAGAGAGCAUCUUAGGAUCAAAUCUAGUUUGGCUCUGCAAGUUCUUCAUCAGUUUCUGCUCAAUCCCGAACUCAGACAGACUUACAGCAGUGACAAAACCAUACCAGGUGCACAAAGUUUGUCAGAACAGUUGCAUCCAGCAGUUCAUGGUAUAAUAUAUUUUGACACCAAAAUAAAUCCAUUUAAAUAAGGUAAAUACUUUUACAGAAGAGUUCAGUGUAGGUCAUUUAUAGACUUUUCAAGUAUUUAUUAAUGUUCUGAGUACAGUAUUAAUUCAUGGUAUAAAAGAUAUCAAGAGUUUACUGGGGCAUGUCUGUGUCCCCAUCUGAAAUGAGCAGUAUCUUGCACCACAUCAAUGUGAAAGCAGUAACGUGAAUAAAUGUGAGUUGGAAUAUGUUUACAGUUUUAAAUGUGUGAGCUUUUGCCAUGUUGUGGAGGUCACAGCAGGGCAUUUUCCAAGCAUUACUGUUUUGCUCUGCCUGUCUUCAAGGUGUGAGAUAGUGAAUGUUUCAUCACCUAAGGGAUACCCCAAAACUUUAGUUGGGUUUGGCUAAGGACAGGCAAUUAACAGAAAAUGAAGCACAGCUAUUUUUCAUGUAGUAGUGCUUUGUAAAACACCCUAGUUUUCAGUAAAAGCUACCAGUGAUGCAAGGUCUGAUCUCCAACACAGGUUUUUUCCUUCUAUCUUCACAGAAACCUGUGGAGAAAGAGUGUUAAAACUGGCUAACAGACUGGAGAAUCAGGUCUUCUGCAGUGUUCACUCCAGAGCAGUUCCUGUGCCAGGUAUCAACUAUUCUGGGAACAGGAGCACAGUGCCCUGCAGAAAACAAACUCUUGAAGUGCGUGGGCUAUAGGACAGGCAAUGAAGCUGAACACCCAAUAAAAGAAGCUGCUGCAAAAUGAGGCCAUAAACCAAUCACUGUAACUGAAUAUUGAGCUUUUAAUGGCCCUCAUCCUCUUUCGUGAUGAUCCUCUUUCUUACUACGGCAAAAGAAAAAUGAAAGCUAGUAAAGCUUUGUGUUGGACUUGCUCUGUGAAUGUAGGAAAAAGUCAUGUGUGCAGUGUAAACACACUCAACCCUGCAUCUGCAGCUGCCCAGGGAUGCUGGUGGGAGCUGCUGUCUCCAGGGACUGCAGAAGGGCUGCGAUGCCAAAGGCAGAGCUCAGAAAACUCUGAACUGGUUUUGCCUUUGAGAGCUGUGCCCUCUGGGUGAGGUUCAACACACAGGUACAGCUGUGUGAGAGCUCAGGAUGUGGCCACACCACAUAUGCUGAUGUGCUGCUAGGGGCAGUCUUGCCCUAUCCCCCUACCAUCCCUGGGCGCCACCACCACCUGUGUCACCUCCUCCUGCAGGCUUGAGUGCUCCCUCUCCCCAACCAGCCUGAAAAGUAAUGUGAUGGGGUUAAUUUACAGCUGAGUCAAUUCCCUUGCACAGCUGCCUGUGUAGCUAUGGUGUUAAUUUCAAUUAAGUGUGCUAUCUGAGGUCAUAAUUUACUAAAAUUUUCAGCAGGAUGGCACUUUCUCUGAUCUUUGACAUGAAGCCACAUACAGUACCAGAAGCCCAGUCUGGACCAUGUCAGGGAGUUUGGUCAAGUUUCGAGCUGUUCAUGGCAUUUCAAAAAGAGAAAAAAUUUAUCUGACCUGAAAUAUUUCUACUAAAUAUUUUCUUCGGCCCUGUAAGAACUUAAUCGAAUGCCAGCAGGAGUUACACACUUCAACAGCAGCCACACCAUCUGCGCUACGUGAUAUGUCCUCCAUUUGGGUAGAAAACAGAUUACUGUUGCUUUACAAGAGGCUCCAGUAGUUUCUGCAUUUUUGUUUCUGAGGGAAAGGGGGAAGCACAGCAAUGAUGUGAGAAAAUCAUAAACAUGGGGAAAAGAGCACUGCUAUAGUUCCCUCAGGACGAAGCUGAAUAAAGACCCUGCCUCCCUGAGAAAGAUGCUGUUUUGAACACAGGAGAGGUAUGAAGACGUGGCAACAUGGAAUUAAAUAAGUGCUAUUGAUUUUACCCUUGUCUUCCUAACAGAGCUAGCGACUCCUCUGAGGACAGAAAAGAUGGUUUUGGCUCUGAUCUGGAAAGCGCUUUCCAGAAAUGCAACUGCAGGUGUCCACAUGUGUCACAGCCUCAUUAUUGCUUAAUUUUCUUGGUAUUCCUUUUCUCUUUGUUUUCAAAGCCGAUAGACAAAAAUUUAUGGGGAGUUCCAUGCAAAUUGUAAUCCUUUCAUCAGAAUCUAAGAUUCUACCUACAGCUUCUUUUAAUUUUUAGCAACUUAGACUAAUCCUUUUCAGAUGUGAUGCAAAUUUUCAAUAGCAUUUUUCAUUUUAUUCAGAUCCCUGCCUACCCAUUUAAUCUCUUUAAAACAAUUAGGUGAUUCUGUUAAAAAAAUCAAUUGAAAAAAGGUUUCUUGCAAAACGUAUUUUGGAAUUUAUUUCACAAACUUGCACUCAUUUUUUAAUACUAUAGAAAGAGCAAAUCUGAGGUUGGAAUUGUUUCUAUUUCAUCCUUGUAUUAAAAUAAUGAAAAAAUUAAAGGCAGCAGUUGAGGUCAGGGAAGGAAGACUCAAGAAAGUUUUCUGAAAUAUACCAACAUGUAAUUGAAAUAGUUGUAGCUGUAAUUGGUUUUUUGUUUCUCGCUCCUUGUCUCAUUACCUUGGUUUCAAAAACACGAUGUACUUUACACUGCUGCGGCAGUCUAAUUCCUUAUCAAGAGCUACCUUGGUGUUUGCUGGCACAGCCACAGCACUGAUUCUUUCAACCUGAAGCGUUGUCUGCAGCGGUUCGUGUGUUUGAUAAAUUUUCAAAGUGCCCAAGAUAAAAGCCCAGCCCUGGCAGGCAACUCCAGAGCCACACACUGGGAUACUGCCCAGUCCAGGGAAGCUUUGCGGUCCUUGGUGGGCAGAGACCCUGGCUGUGACCCUGGGGUGGCUCUGCACCCCAAUUCUCGGAUUAGGUCUUUCCACCAGCACCGGGAACAUUGCAGUGGCAUUUUAGAGCACGCUGUUUGGGAAACACUGCAUUUCAGUGCUCAGAAAGACAGUGUCCCUGAAAUGCCUGGCUCCUGGAAGGCUGAGAAAUUUUCUCAUUGUGGUCCACACAGACACCUCCAAAACUGGAAACACACAAAAUUCCCCUUGAACCACAUAGCCCUUUGGGCUUGAUCUGCUCUGUCCCGUCCAACAUGUGGCAGUUGUAUCAUAUUCAACCAGCUGCAGGGUGUGGGUGGGGGAAAAAUGGUCUCUGUGUCUGGAUGCUGUAUGUUACAUACCAGAGGAGCAUCGCUAUUUACUACAGUGCAGCUAUGCUUUCAUCUUGGGUCAGAAGUACUACAGGUCAGAGGGUUAUUAAAAAUAUGUAACUGCUGUUAGAUGAAUUGGUGUGAAAUACGAAACUAAUAUGUAACAGGGACAUAUUGAGUUAUAUCCAGGCUUUCUCAGGAGAAAUUAAAUAGGACAAAAUAUUGCUCUUCAUUAGGAAUUUGAAUUUUUUGUGAUUCCUGAAUUCCCUUUGCUCCCAUUGAAUGUAGUGGGAGAUGAAGGUGCUGAGUAAAUCACAGCUUUCAGCUGUUCUUGUUUUAGUUCAGGAUUAUUCGGUGCAGUUUGGCUCUAAAAUGAUUUCUCAUAAGUUUGGAAAAUCAUUGCAAAGAAUCAAAAACUAUAGAAACUUUCUACUAUUGACACCAGGUAAAGGAUUCAGAGUCCUUCAGCUCUGCCUGCAAGGUUUAUUUGUGUUGCAGUGUUUCCAAAUAUUGCCUUUUUGGAAAUGUUUAAAUAUGAAAAAUCAAAGGUGUGAUUCUGCUGCAUGACAACAAUAGCUGUAAGCAAGAAAAAAUGUCACAUGGUUGAAAGGAAAGGUUGUAUUAUUUCCACAAAUGUUUAUUUGAACACAAAUAUUUGUUUUAUUGAAAAAAGCCCCACCAAAUAAUAUAUAAGGUAAUGAAUCUUUCGUUGUUUUAAACACACACACAAAACAACAUAGUUCAAAGAGCCUCUAUUUACCUAACAAGAAAACAGGAAAUCUGUUAUUGAUAUGUGUAUUCCUGAUUCCCCCCAUUAGGUUGAUUUAUAUGGAAUGAAUGUUAUAGUUAAAAACUGCACGGUUUGGCAGACAGAAUAUACCUUCUUGCUCAUUUUUCUGACAAAAUACAAUUUUUUUUACAGCAGAAAACCAUCUGUGUGUAUUCAGUUGGGAAAAAACACCCUGGUUUUCAGCCUUCUUUAAAGGCAAGAAGUUCAGUGCUGCUUAUCUGAGCAGUAAGCGAUCCCCUGAAUGUUAACUGCGUGGCUCAUCGCUAGUGCUAGGCACCAUGAUGAAAACAGGGUAGCUUAUCCUCUCCAUCCUGGGAAAACACAGCAGAUGAUGGGCCUUUAUCACUCAUAAUAAAUCAUUAGAGAUUUUUUAUGCUGCCCUUUCCAAGAGGAAGAAGCAGCAGUUCAAGGAGGCAAGGAAAUACUUAGAUGGCGUUAUUCAAAAUUUAAAGUUUUCUCCUUCUUUACUGAAAUGUUUGUACUAUCCUUAUUCAAUUUUUUUUGCAGUUGUUUUUGUGACACCAUCUUUGUACUCACUACUAUCUUUUCGGCUUGAAAAAUGUGCAGGUAAAGAGAUAGCCGAUUUGGGUGUUCUGUAAGCUGAUAUUUAUUUAGGAACAGAAAAGUUGCUGUAGGGCUGUAAAAAUGUAUUUUAGUUUGGGUAGCAACAGACACCCCUCACAAGAGAGUUCAAGCAGCCCACAGCUGGGUCUCCCCAGCGGAUGGUGACCCUGAUGAGCUGCUCUUACUGCAGCCCUCCCUUGCAGGGGGUAUUUCUCACACCUGAAGCUCAUGUGCACAGACCCCAACCAGGUUGUUCCCCCAAAGCCAGCAGCCCUGCACCAGCUGCAUGCCUACGCAUCUCUUCUGGGAUUCUUCUUGUUUCUAACCCCUCAUUCUUCCCCAAAAUAGCUGCAGAGUUUUACCCCUGCCAUCCUGCCUGCAGCUGGGGCCAUAAGCAGCUGGGUGGGAGUAGUGCUGGGAUGUGCAGGAGAUGGGCAGAGCAUCCUGCUGGAUCCCUGGAAGGGGAGGCACUACACAUCUCCAGGCACUCCACAUGCUGUUAACUUGGCUCCAGGUUACAGAUCUACUGUAACUUUUUCCUCCUCUGUAACAGUUUCCCGAGGAAACCUGAGGUUUAUUUGCACAGACCACCUUGGAAGGCCCAGCACCUUGAAAUUGGUGGAGCUGGAUGUGGAUUCACACGUGGUCCAUGAGUCCUCACCCAGGCAGGGCGUCUGUGUAGGUCAUGCCACAAAAGAGAUGAAAGAGUCUACUUUGGACUCCCCCACCCCCCGCCUUGGAAAAUCCAUCACUGCUGGCCAGCUGGAUGAGUAUUUAUGUGUCUACCUUGCACUUCAUAAUAACUAAUCACUGCAAUUUUAAAUCUUUUAAGAAUAGAGACUGAAUAGUACUCUGCUUAAUGCUAAGAUUAUCAACGAAGACUAUAUCUAAUUUUAUAUUAAAAUCACAUCCACAACUCAUUUUAAAAGUGCCUAAUUGCUUGUUUAUGGAAAUAGCUACUUCAAAUUAUUUCUGUGAUUAGCUUGACUAUUUUACCAUAAGUGGAUAUGAAUUAAAGA